AUGGCGCCCAUGACGCGCCGACGUGCACUCCUUGACUAUACACCACAUGAUAUGAUGACCGAGUACUAUGCACAAAGAGCGUCUGUCGCUGGAACAUUGCUCAUAUCUGAAGCAACCUCUGUCUCACCUCGAUCUGCUGCUAUGCCACACACUCCUGGCAUUUGGACCGCCGAACACAUAGCUGCUUGGAAGGCAAUUACGGACGCUGUCCAUGCAAGGCAAAGCUACAUCUUCGUCCAGCUUUGGAUGUGUGGACGAGCAGCACGGCCUGGUGCAGUCAAACGAGGAGCCGAAGUCGUGUCGGCAAGCACCGUACCCAUCGGUGCGGAGUAUCCCACCCCGAGGUCGCUCUCAGAAACAGAAAUCCAGGAGUGCAUCGGCGAGUUUCGUCAAGCAGGGAUCAACGCCAUCAGGGCGGGCUUUGACGGAGUGGAAGUCCAUGGCGCUAACGGAUAUCUGGUGGACCAGUUCACACAGUCUGUCUCUAACGUUCGAGGCGAUCAAUGGGGUGGUAGCGUCCAGAACCGAGCUCGGUUUGGCAUUGCAGUCGCCAAAGCUCUUGCUGAUGCCAUCGGCCCUGAGCGAGUCGGGUACCGCGUAAGUCCCUGGAGUCAUCACCACGGCAUGGGGAUGGAAGAUCCGAUCGAGCAGUUUACGUAUCUUGUUCAAAACUUGAGCGCACUCAAUUUGGCCUAUCUACAUGUCAUUGAGUCCAGGGUUCAAGGAAACGCAGACGUUAUAGGGACUGAGUCGAUUGAUUUCUUGAUUAAAGCGUGGGAUAAUGGCAACCCUAUUAUCCUUGCUGGAGGUUAUAAUGCAACGACAUCUCGAGAAGCCGUCGACAAAUGGCGUCCUCUGGGCAAGAAUAUGGCAGUUGCCUUUGGGAGAUCCUUUGUUUCAAAUCCGGAUCUGCCUCUCCGAAUUCAACAACAGCUCCCGAUAGCGGCCCACCGCAGAGACAUGUUCUACGAAGUACUGAAUCCAGAUGGAUACAUCAAUUAUCCGACAAUCAAGCCGGAAAGCCAGCUUGCCACCUCUGGAGCGGAUAUCAAACAGCCCUUGGUUGAGACUGUACAGAUCAGCUCUGAUGCACACAAUGACAUCCGUGCCUGA